AUGGAAGUUUAUCAGCGGCCGGAAAAUCUUCGUUUUUUCGGAAUUAAAGAAGAAGCCGAUAUGGAGGAGGAUGUGAGAGAGGUUUUGGUUGGAUCCCUUAAAACAGAGCUUAAAAUGCAGACCAAAUCGAAUUCCAAAGGGUCCAUCGUGUUGGAAAGCGUGUUUCUUCCAAUGGUAAACCACGACAAAUAAUCGCACGUUUUUUGAAAUAUCCUCAACGUGAAGAAGUUAUGUCCAAUGCUAGAAAGCUAAAAGGAAAAAACUUUGGAAUUUCGCCAGACCUUCCAAGUGAAAUUUUGGAAAGAAGAAAGAAGAAGAUGAAGCAAUUCAAACAAGCAAAAAAGGACGGUAAGACCGCUUUUUUCAGUAGAGCGGAGCCAGAUAAAUUGUUUAUUGACGGUGUU